UGCGGGGACUUCAGUUCGGUGAUGUUGAGAGACUGCGGACCACAAAAAGAGAUGUUUGAUUUGGCAUCCCUGAAGGAGUCUGUAAUGUUCAUAGCUGUUUGGCAGAAACUCACAUUUGGAAUGGGGAGUAUACGGUGCCGUCUCACUGGAUUCUGAAAUGUUUCCUUUAAAGGAUGUGGAACUCGGAGCGUUCACCUUCUUUGCUUCAGCUCUCCCGAAUGACGUUUGUGGAAGUAAUGGUCUGCCUUUGACACCAAACUCCAUAAAAAUCCUGGGGCGUUUUCAAAUUCUAAAGACCGUUACACAUCCCAGACUUUGCCAAUAUGUGGACAUUUCUCGUGGAAAACAUGAGAGGCUGGUGGUGGUUGCUGAACGCUGUGGAAGGAGCCUGGAAGAUUUGCUUGAAGACAGGAAACCAGUGAGCUCCUUUAAGAUUUUAUGUAUCGCCUAUGAAGUUCUGGAGGGCUUGGAGUAUAUGAACAAGCAUGGAAUUGUUCACCGGGCUCUCUCACCGCACAACAUCCUUAUGGAUCAAGAGGGACAUAUCAAAUUGUCUAAAUUUGGCCUUUACCACAUGACAGGUUACGGUGCUGAUGUUGACUUUCCUAUAGGGUAUCCAUCAUAUUUGGCACCAGAAGUAAUAGCACAGGGGAUUAUCAAAUCUAGUGACCAUAUACAAAGUGAAAGGCUUCUACCUUCAGGUCCAAAAUCUGAUGUGUGGUCCCUUGGUGUUAUCUUAUUUGAACUAUGUGUGGGCAGAAAGCUGUUCCAGAGUUUGGAUUUAGCUGAAAGACUCAAACUAAUACUUAAUCUUGGAUGUGUGGAUGAUAUCCUAACAGUUCUAGCUGAAGAACAUGGUUGUCUGGAUAUUAUUAAGGAUGUGCCAGAAAAUACUUUAGCUCUGCUGAGGAAAUGUCUUACAUUCCAUCCUUCUAAGCGGCUGACUCCUGACAAGUUACUGAAGGACCCAGUGUUCAGCGAGAUAUCGUCUUUAUACCCUCCCUUCCACAAACCUCCCAGCCUUUUCUCACCCACUCUGCGAUGUGCCAACUUAACCCUUCCUGAAGAUAUUAGUCAGUUGUUUAAAGAGGAAACCUCUGAUUAUCUCGCCGAAAGGUCAAUUGAAGAGGUUUAUUAUCUCUGGUGCUUGGCUGGAGGAGACUUGGAGAAAGAGCUUGUCAACAAAGAAAUCAUUCAUUCCAAGCCACCCAUCUGCACUCUUCCUAUUUUUGUCUUUGAAGAUGGUGAGAGUUUUGGACAAGCACGGGAUAGAAGCUUCCUUCUGGAUGACACAACUGUGACACUCUCAUUAUGCCAGCUUAGAAAUAGGCUGAAAGAUGUUGCUGGGGAAGCAUUUUACCCAUUACUUGAAGAUGAUCAGUCAAACAUGCCCCAUUCCAACAGCAGUAAUGAGUUAUCUGCCGCUGCAAAUCUUCCGCUCAUCAUCCGAGAACGGGAUACAGAAUACCAGCUGAACAGGAUCGUCUUGUUUGAUAGGCUGCUAAAGGCAUAUCCAUAUAAAAAAAACCAAAUUUGGAAAGAAGCCAGAGUCGACAUUCCGCCCCUGAUGAGAGGUUUAACGUGGGCAGCCUUACUUGGAGUAGAGGGUGAUAUUCAAGCAAAAUAUGACGCUAUUGACAAGGAUACCCCAAUUCCUACAGAUAGACAAAUUGAAGUUGACAUUCCUCGUUGUCACCAGUAUGAUGAGUUGCUGUCAUCUCCAGAAGGUCAUUCAAAAUUUAGACGGGUACUGAAAGCAUGGGUAGUUUCCCAUCCUGAUCUUGUAUAUUGGCAAGGUCUUGACUCACUUUGUGCACCCUUCUUAUAUUUAAAUUUCAACAAUGAAGCCCUGGCCUAUGCCUGCAUGUCUGCCUUUAUUCCUAAAUACCUCUAUAACUUCUUUCUAAAAGACAAUUCACAUGUGAUUCAAGAAUAUCUGACGGUAUUCUCCCAGAUGAUUGCAUUCCAUGACCCUGAACUGAGUAACCAUCUCAACGAAAUUGGCUUCAUUCCGGAUCUGUAUGCCAUUCCUUGGUUUCUGACGAUGUUUACACAUGUCUUCCCUUUGCACAAAAUCUUCCAUCUGUGGGAUACGUUGCUACUUGGAAAUUCUUCCUUCCCAUUCUGUAUUGGAGUGGCUAUUCUACAGCAACUGAGAGAUCGACUUCUCUCCAAUGGCUUCAACGAAUGCAUUUUGCUCUUUUCUGAUUUACCAGAAAUUGACAUAGAACGUUGUGUCCGUGAAUCAAUCAAUCUUUUCUGCUGGACCCCUAAAAGUGCAACAUACAGACAGUAUGCCCAGCAUCUUAAACAAGCCAACGAGGGAAACUGUACAAGAAAUUUUAUGUCGUGUUUCUCAUCAGACUAUCAAGAUGCACCUAGAAGUGACCUGUCUAGAGAUUCUAUCAAGUUGAAUGAUCUGAAAUCAGAAGUCUCACCACGGAUUUCAGCUGAAGAUUUGAUUGACCUGUGUGAUCUGACUGGACCUAGCUAUUUCAAGACCCCAACGAAGAAAACAAAAUCCAGCAAGCCAAAGUUGCUUGUCGUUGACAUUCGUAACAGUGAGGAUUUUAAUCGGGGGCAUAUCUCAGGCAGCAUCAACAUCCCAUUUGGAUCAGCCUUCACUGCUGAAGGAGAGCUUGUGCAAUGUCCUGCUACUGCCACUCUUCAGAGUUUUAAAGGGAGAGUAGUGGUGGUCGUAGGGCAUGUAGCAAAGAAUGCAGCCUUGUUUGCAGCUCAUCUUGUGAAAAUCAAGUAUCCAAGAGUUUGCAUUUUGGAUGGAGGCAUAAACAAAAUCAAGCCAACUGGUCUGCUGACAGUUCCGUCUCCCCAGAUAUAGCCAGAAGUGUGAAGGGUCUUAACCAGCUAUAUAAAGAAAGUCUUAAGGGGCAUCACAGUACUUGCAUUAUGACAGUGAGACAGAUUAUUGGUGUCUUUUGUACGGCAGAGGGAUUUCUCUUUUCAUUUUUGACACCGAAUUUCAGAUUUGCCAGAUGGAAAAAGUGAGCUUUGAUAUGUAUGGUGUCUCUCAUUUGUAGACUUCAGCUAUUUUGUUGAGCUUCAUCCAUCCAGCAAUACAAGAGUGGUGAUGAACAGGUUGAUAAAAUAUGCACAUAUUCUGUCAAAAGUAUUAACGUGAAGUUACAUGAAUUACUUCAGUGGUGACAUUAAGGAGAGACUGGCAUGUAAUCAGCUCAUGCAGGUAUUACAAAUGUUUAACUUUGUAUAUUCUUUUUCCAAAUAGUUGAUCUGUCUUACUGAUCUAUUUCUGAACAGAGCAGGGAAGCAUUUAUGUACAAAAAGAUUUCAUUUAGGCAGAGUUCAGCCAACAAAGAUGGCAAGUAUCUAAAUGUCAUGAUCUGUCAUGUGAAUUAUAAUAAGAAGGUUAACUUUUUGUUGUCUUAUAAUAUUCAGAUGGUUGUAAUAUCUGUAGAACUUGGAUGAGUACCUCGAUAAAAUGUAUAGCUUUGCUGACAGAGAAAGUGUUUGAUUUUGUAUUGUAAUUGAUACUGUGAUUAAAGUUU